AUGACGACUCAUCAUUUUAAUAAUCGAAUUUUGGAUUUAAAUCAAAUUUCGACGAAAAUGGAUUAUAAGAAGAGACGUGAAAUGAGCUUGUAUUCUGGCGAGCUUCACUGGAAAAAAGUUCUACGAGUUCAACAAAUUAAAACUGAGACUCGAUCAAAUUGUGAAUGUGGUAGGAAGUCGAAGAAAAGAAAACAUUGUGAGGAACUAGCUGAUCCUGAUGCUCGACCGAUUGGAGUGUUCGCAAGGGUGUGUGCACGCUUCCGGAAAUUGAUUCGAGCGCGGCGAAAAUAUGAAAGUUUGGACGAGUCCAGACACAUUAAUCAAAAGCCAUUUUUAAGAGGAGCUUGUCCGACCGAGACACAACACUUUUAUCACAAGAAAUUAACAAAAACAGAAUCAGUUAACCAAAUAGUUAAAAUUGAAAUAACGACAGACGAUACUAAUAGCAUUAAAGAACGUGAUUGUCAUAGCAACAAAUCAAAUAACAAAGUUAGUCCCAAACAAAGGCCUGUGUUACAGACAUUACAAUUGAAUAAAUUUUCUCCCAAAUUUGACCGAGAGGGGAGUCCAGAGAGACGGACCUUGUUGUCCAACCAACAGGAUUUAAAAGAUGUUGAAGAGGCUCUACAGCACCAUCUUGGAUACGAAAAGAAACUGUCACCGCUCCGUGUUCCCACUGAUGGACUGACAGUUAAGAAUCCUCUCACUACGACCAACAGUUGUCCACCGAAACCCAGCCCAGUGGGUUCCAAUGAGGAUCUGGUGGGGUUUAAACGGUUAUUAAUGACCUGGCCAAUCCCUGGUAGGAAAAUCACAACUGAAGAUGAUUUUGAAGAUGAAUUGUUGUCUGAGAGUCGAGAGUUCAUCGAAAAAUUAAUAUUACAAGGUCGACGGUCAUUAGAAGAUUUUUCUAUACCAUACCAAUCAGUAGAGAUUAUAGAAUGUUUAAAACAAGGUGCCCGCUGUAAAAUCUACAGAGGUCGAUGGCACGGUGAUGUGACUGUACAUGUAUUUCAAGAUAAAGAUGACGUCACUGAUACAUUCUGGAAGAAUUUAACCAAACUGUGUCGAAUACGACAUGAAAAUAUUAUUCUGUUUAUGGCUGCCUGUACCAAAUCUCCCGAUUUAGCUGUCGUCACAAGCUAUCACAGAGGAACAUCACUGUAUGAACAUAUCCAUAUAAAACACGAGAAGAUAACUAUGUAUGAUAAAGUACAGAUAUUACGACAGGUGGCGCUUGGAAUGGGGUAUCUUCAUGCUAAAGGAAUUGCGUUAAAAUGUCUCAAUUCACAUAAUGUAUUCUUAUGUCCGAAGGUUAAACUGAGUGCUAUGGAUUGGGGAAUCGCUGAAUCUGUUCACGAAAGGUCGGACUAUGCAAUCAUUCCUCCUCACCAGUUAACCUACGUAGCACCGGAAGUUCUGGCCUGUGUCAGUGUCGUUCCACCGAGACUCGUUACCACGACAACAGCAUAUUCCAAGGAAACCGACAUUUUUGCAUUCGGCACGGUGAUGUAUGAGGUUUUUGCUGGUAGAUAUCCGUACGAUGAUUUAAACCCAAUGACGUUAAUCUGGCAGGUGUGUGGAGGCAGGCGGCAACUUCUUGAUAAAGUUCGAUGUACAACACCUAUAAAAAAGAUGAUCAACAGUUGUUGGUGUCAGGAACCAUUCCACAGACCAGAGUUUUCUCAUCUUAGUAAAUCACUACUUAAAAACUUUCCGCUUCAUAAACGCCAUAGCACUUCAGAACCAAAGAAGUUACACAAACUGGGACGCCGUAUGGACUGA